AUGUGCUUCAAAAUAUUUUUUUGGAUCUGUUGGAUUUUUUCGGUGAAUUUAUCUCUCUUAGUGAUCGCGCACGCAAAAGAAAAUAAUGUACUUACAACACACGGAUUAGUCUCCGGGAAAUUACUGAAAACAUUAUUAAAAAACACCGAAUACCAUGGAUUUAUGGGCAUUCCAUACGCAGCACCGCCCUUAAAUGAGUUGAGAUUUUUGCCACCUCAAACGAUUAACCCCUGGGUUAAUGUAUUAUCUGCAAUUAAAGAGAAACCUCCAUGCAUCCAGUUCAACAACAAUGUUAAAAAACAUCAAUCGAUAGGUCAAUAUGGAGUUGAAGAUUGCCUCUACCUCGAUAUCUUUACCCCAGCAGUAGAUGAUAAUAAAAGAGCUAUUGUAGUUUUUUUAUAUAAUGAAAACUUCAGGUACUCGUAUAACAAAACAAAAGAUUAUAGUCCAGAUUUUUUUAUAGAAGAAGAUGUGGUAUUAGUUACGAUAAGCCAUCGAUUAUCUACUUUUGGUUUUUUGUCAUUUGAAGACGAUAUUCUGCCCGGAAACGCAGGAUUAAAAGAUAUUGUAGCAGGGUUACACUGGAUCAAAAAUAAUAUUGAACAUUUUGGAGGUGACCCUCAUAAAAUAACGUUAAUGGGAUCUCAAGGUGGUGCUGCAGCGAUAGAUUUACUUAUUCAUACAAAAGCAAAAAAUCUAUUUAAUGGAGCCAUAUUACAAAGUGGAACUUCUCUGACUCCUCAAUAUUUGCAGGAUAAUAUAAGAAAAAGGGCCUUUAAAUUGGGUGAGCUAUUAGAAAGAGGUACUUCUAAUAGUAAUCGACUACUAAAAUUUUUAAACGAUAUUCCAGCAGAAAAGAUAUUUGAAAAAGAGUUGAAUGCUCUUCCGGAAGAUUAUUACAAAGAAAAUCAAAAACCUCUUUUAACUUUUGGUCCAAUUGUUGAAAGUAACCAAAAUGGUCUAGUGACAGACUAUCCAGAAAAGAUAUUUGAUACCGUAACAAUUCCUAUUAUGAUUGGGUCAAACUCUCGAGAGGGUUUAGAGCCAUCACUUCAAUAUCUUUUUGAUCCGAGAUAUCUUAUGUAUCUUGAAAAAGAUUUUCAUUUUUUAAUACCAAUACGAUCUAAUUUAAAAUUUGAUCCAUUGGGAGAAAAUUUUUAUGACGCUAUAGAAGAUAUUAAAAAGUUUUAUUUCAAGCGAGGUAAAAUAGGAACUAACAGUAUUUCUGAUUAUAUUACGUACAUAGGAGACGUUCUUACAUCAUAUCCUGUUGAUGUUAUGGCGAGAAUGUACUCAAACAAAUCUUCAAGCUCAGUAUUCUAUUAUCAUUUUGAUUACUACAGUGAAUUCAAUGCUAAUAAAGAAAACAUUUUGAAGUUUUCUACUAUGGGAGAUGGCACUUGGGGAGCCGCAAGUGGAGAUGAAUUAUGUUAUUUAUUUAUAUGUCCAGGACUAAUAAAUAACUAUAAAAAAUUAAAUAAGUCCAUGUCUGAAGAAAUAACAUUACAAAAGAAAUUGGAUGAAGCUAUGGACAAACUUUGCUAA